CAUUGAUGAAAGCUGAGUCUAGCCAAACAUGUUGUGUAAUAAGAUAAGCAAAGUUAACCUUUUUUUGUUGUUUUUCUUUUUCAAGACAAAUUGUUUAAAAAUUUUGGUGCAAAAAACCGAAAUGCCAACCAACAUGUAUCUAUCCAUCUUUUAAUCACUCUAAACUUAGUUUCUAAUUUAUCGUUUAAAACCAGAAACCGAAAGCUCCGUUUCAACUGCUCUUUACCCUUUAGCGAAAGCUAGGCUAAACCCUUUCAAGAGAAACAACAACAACAACAACAAAAAAAACAGGCUUCUGCUACAACUUAUUGUUACUUCUGUCUAUUUUUUUUUUCUUGGUGGGGUUGUCUUUUUAAAUGGGAUGGCUUCAGAGCUGCAGAUAAUACUCACCAAGACAAACAAAAGGGUUCUUUGUUAAAAGAUGAGGACAUUACACAAAGGCAGACAAUCUGAAAAGAGUCUCUUUUUUAAGUAUUACAAAUGGGUUCUUUGGUUUUCAUUUACUCUUUAUUUUCUAACAUCUUUCUUCAUUACCAACAAGCCGCUACCUUUGUCUAAAACCCGUGUUUCUGGUUCUAAAUCUUCCCUUGCUUCUCGUGUUCUGUUCGAAUCUGUCAACAAAACCAGACAUAAAUCCAAACCCAAAAAUCCUGCUGCGUUUAAAGAUUUGAAGAUAUUCAUCUACGAGUUACCAUCAGAAUACAACGAGGAUUGGCUUUCGAACAAGAGAUGUAGCAACCAUUUGUUUGCCUCCGAGGUUGCCAUUCACAGAGCAUUGAUGAACACCUAUGACUUGAGAACAUUCGACCCUUAUGAAGCUGAUUUCUUUUUUGUUCCUGUUUAUGUCUCAUGCAACUUCAGCACCGUUAAUGGCUUCCCUGCCAUUGGCCAUGCUCGUUCUCUUAUAUCUUCUGCUAUUCAGCUUAUUUCCUCGAACUACCCUUUCUGGAACCGAACACAAGGUUCCGACCACAUCUUCGUUGCUUCCCAUGAUUAUGGAGCCUGCUUCCACGCCAUGGAGGAUAGAGCUAUUGAUGAUGGGAUUCCGGAUUUUAUGAAGAAUUCGAUAAUUCUACAAACUUUCGGUGUUAAUUUCAAGCACCCAUGUCAAGACGUUGAACACGUUGUUAUACCGCCUUAUAUACCGCCGGAAAGUGUACGGAAUACCCUGGAGAAAUCUCCGUUGACCGGGAACAGAGACAUCAUGGUCUUUUUUAGGGGGAAAAUGGAGGUCCACCCCAAAAACGUUAGUGGAAAAUUUUACGGCAAGAAGGUGAGGACGGAAAUUUGGCGGAGAUAUAACGGUGACCAGCGGUUUUACUUACAAAGACAGAGAUUCGCCGGUUACCAAUCAGAAAUCGUACGGUCCGUUUUUUGUUUGUGCCCACUCGGGUGGGCUCCAUGGAGUCCAAGGCUUGUCGAGUCCGUGGCCUUGGGUUGCGUGCCGGUGAUAAUAGCCGAUGGUAUCCAAUUGCCAUUUCCCUCCGCCGUGAAGUGGUCGGAGAUUUCCCUCACGGUGGCGGAAAGGGACGUGGGGAAGCUAGGGAGGAUCCUGGAACACGUGGCGAAGACCAAUUUGUCAACCAUCCAGAAAAACCUGUGGGACCCUGCUGUCAGCAAGGCCCUACUGUUCAAUGAUCACAUGCAAGAAGGAGAUGCCACGUGGCAGGUUCUCGAGUCACUCUACAAGAAACUGGACCGGUCGUACAAGAGAUCGAGGGUUUCAAGCCAAUAGGGAGCGAACACGUGGAACUGUGUUGUGUGGCGCCAGCUAAGGUUUGUUUCCUUCCCAACGUGGAAGACAGCUAGGAAUGGUGUUUGAAUCCUCAAAAAGAAAAAAAACGAGAGAUGGGAAUUUUUAUUUUUAUACGGUGGGUCGGUGAGCCCACAUUAACCCCAUUCCUUUUUUUUUUUUUUUUUUUUAGAUAUUUAGAGGCAGAAAAAAAAGCAGUAUAGUUAGUUAAUUAUAUGAAAAUGGGCUCUAUUUGUUUGUUUGUACAUGGAAAAAAAAGACAAAAUAACUGUUUUUUUGGUAAAUAAUACAAAUGAAAUAGUUCGUUUUUUUA